GCACUGCACUCCUUUAGCUCAGCCGUACUUGCUUUCCACGCGUGUGUAAGGUUCACACUUUGGUAAAAGUCUGUUUUGAGGGUAGAAAUUGUGAAAAUAUAAGACAUAUUUGUCACCACUAUGGGAGGACAGGCAAAGGGAAAAAAGAAAAGCAAACCGAAAAGGAAAGACAACCGCCCAAACAGUGAUGCAGGAUUUGUUGGCUUGUCACCUCAAGAAAGGAUGAAACUAAGAGUACAUGAAAAAGCCAAGAAGAAGACAGCUGAGAAGUACUCUGUGAGACAGCUCCUAGAAAAGACAGAGGAAUACAUGGACAGCUUUGACUUUGAGAUGGCUUGCCUCUUCUGUCAACGAGCCCUGGAUGUGGACUCCGCCAACCUGCAAGCUCUAGACAUGCUGGGCCACAUUUGCUCUGAACUAGGAGACACACAGAAAGCUAAGGGAGCUUUUCUGCGUGCAGUGGAGCUGAGCCCAGAUGUAGGCCACAGUAAGUACAUGUACUUGGGACAAAUCCACACAGGCCAGGAGGCUGUGGACUACUACACCAAAGGGAUACAAGUCCUGCUAUCUGCAUUGGACAAACAAGCACAGACCACACAGGCUCAGGCUGCAGCUGCUGCCCCUCCAGAUGAGGACGCCAAGCUCCCCACAGUGAAGGAUGUUUGUGUAGCCUACUGCUCCAUCGCCGAGAUUUACCUAACAGACCUCUGCAUGGAAGAGGGAGCUGCAGACAAGUGCAGAGAGUUCAUUGAGCGAGCAUUACAGUAUCACCAUGACAACCCUGAGGCUCUACAGCUCAUGGCAAGUUACCUGUUCAGUACCGAGAGAAACCAGGAAGGCAAAGAAUACCUGUUAAAAAGUGUUGGAUCGUGGCUCCCUGCCCAGAAACAGAGUGCAGCUCCUUCCAGCUCAGAGGAAGACAUGCAGAACGACAUCCCGCCGUACGAGUCUCGCGUCACCACGGCCAAACUGCUCAUCGAGUCCGAGGAAUACGAGAUGGCGGUAGAUGUGUUGGAGGGUCUUCUGGAGGAGGAUGAUGAAGUCGUUCAGGUGUGGUAUCUCUCUGGCUGGGUGUGCUACCUCCAGCUUGAAAAAGCAAAAGAGAGGCAAGACAGAGAGGGAGGAGAAGUGACAGAGGAGGACACGGAGGAGUGGAAGGCAUUGAAGGAGGCAGCCAGAUCGUACCUGACCAGCGCUAAGAAGCUGUACAGUAAGCUGCGAUGUGAUGACCAGCCGAUGUUGGAGCAUGUGGAGCAGCUGCUAGGCAGUCUAGGAGGAGAGCUGGAGGGAGAGGAGGGAGACCCAGUUGUGGAUGAAGACUUUGAACCCUGCAGUGAUGACGAGGAGAACAAUGCAGAGGCACCUAUGGAACACUGACCACAGCCCCUUCCUUGUACUCUGUGAAUUCCCAUCAUGUUUCCCUCUACUUAAAGUGUUCAAGUGCACUCUCUAAAGUGCCUUUUGUACUAGUUAUCCUUUCACACCAGUUUAUCAAAGAUGAAAUUUGAAAUCAAGUGAGAUGCACAAAAAGAGUGGCAUUAAAAGCUGCAGUCUACUCAA